AGGCAGACGAGCAGUGCGGGCUCAGUGUGUGUCAGACGCCCGAAGCAGGCUGUGUGCUGCACGCUUCCUCCGCGCUCUCAUCCUGCCUCGACCCACAUCGCUCGACACUUCUCCCGGGGCGCGUGCUUGGGCUUGUUAUCAUAAACUGAAUACAUAUAAGGUCGUUUGUGCGGCCUUUGAGGCAGGGUCUGGGCGCCAGGAGUCGGUCUGGGAUUAGUGUGGUAUUUGAAUUCCCGAAGCCUUGGUUUGGGACGUGUAAUUAAGAUACCGAUCUGUGAUUUGGCUGCAGAUGAACCAGUGAAGUGCACUAAAUUGCCUCUGACAUUUAAUUGGUGCAGUGAUUUGAAGUAUAAUUUCCAAGAUAUAAAAUAGCCAUAACACAUCGUUAAGAUUGCUCGCCUGACUGCCGCUGCAACUCAGUAGCCAUUAUUUUUAAAUUCAGGGGCUGCCAUAACUUCCAUCAGCAGCCAUGGGUUGUGCAAUGAGCAAUCCUGCUGACAAGGAAGCAGCAGAAAGAAGCAAGAAAAUAGACAAAGAUUUACGACUUGCUGGUGAACGUGCAGCAAAAGAGGUUAAACUUCUACUUUUAGGUGCUGGUGAAUCUGGUAAAAGUACGAUAGUGAAGCAAAUGAAAAUUAUCCACGAGACUGGGUACUCACCAGAAGAAUGUGAACAGUACAGACCAGUAGUGUAUUCAAACACUAUCCAGUCACUCAUGGCUAUCAUCAGAGCCAUGGGACAGUUAAAGAUUGACUUUGCUGACUCCAGUAGAGCAGGUUUAUGUGCUGUUUCACAAUUCCAGGAUGAUGCUCGUCACUUCUUCACGCUGGCAAGUGCGGCUGACGAAGGUGAAUUGACACCUGAGCUUGCAUAUAUAAUGAAGCGCCUUUGGAAUGAAAGUGGGGUGCAACACUGCUUUAGCCGAUCUAGGGAGUAUCAACUGAAUGAUUCAGCAGCAUAUUAUCUCAAUGCCCUAGAUCGCAUUUCUCGCCCAGGCUAUGUUCCAACUCAACAAGAUGUACUUCGCACCAGAGUGAAAACUACAGGAAUUGUUGAAACCAAUUUCUCCUUCAAGGAUCUCAAUUUCAAGCUAUUUGAUGUUGGUGGUCAGAGGUCAGAAAGGAAGAAAUGGAUCCAUUGCUUUGAAGGAGUCACAGCCAUUAUCUUUGUGGUAGCUUUAUCAGGUUAUGACUUAGUAUUGGCUGAAGAUGAAGAAAUGAAUCGUAUGAUAGAAAGCAUGAAGCUCUUUGACUCCAUCUGUAACAACAAAUGGUUUGUGGAGACCUCAAUAAUUCUCUUCCUUAAUAAAAAGGACUUGUUUGAAGAGAAAAUUACAAAAUCUCCACUAACAAUUUGCUUCCCUGAAUACACAGGAAGCAACACCUACGAUGAGGCAGCAAAUUAUAUUCGCAUGAAAUUUGAGAAUCUUAACAAGAGGAAGGACCAGAAAGAAAUUUACACCCAUUUUACGUGUGCAACUGACACUACCAACAUACAGUUUGUGUUUGAUGCUGUAACAGAUGUAAUCAUCAAACACAACCUCAAGGACUGUGGCCUCUUCUAGAGGAUGAUCUACUGUAAAUACACGGGUGGUUGUUAGCAAGCCAUAUAUUUGGAGCCUCAUGCUCAGAUGAGCCAGAGGGGCAUGAAACCUGGCUAUUGUCCCUGCCCAUUACAUUCCCCUGUGGAAAGUUCACACCAAAGUAUUAUUAUACUGCUUGGACACAAUAGCCAGUUUAUAUAUUUUCUGAAUGAGCUGAAAUUGGAAUUGCAAACAUAAAGACAUGAUUAAAUGUUUAAUUCAGCUAGAAUUUGGUGUGCACAAUUGGACUCCAGCCACAUUGCACAAUGGUACAUGGUACCUACUUUUUCUCCAGCUAUGUAGUUUUCUUUCCUUGGAAAUGUGCACAAAUUGUAUGGACUUUAAUUGUGUGCCAUGUGUUAUUUGGGCCAGUGAUUACUGUUGGUGUUGUGGGCAUGUUUACCAGUCAGAUGUUCUGCUUCUUUGAGUGACAAUCGUGAUUAUUUUCUUCCUGAAAGUGUAUGUAUGUAUUAUGAGGAAUGAAUUGUUCUUUCUUUAUUACAUUUCUUUAUCAUGUUGGAUGUGAUUUUUGAGUGGAAUAUUGAAGCUAGCAUUUUAAUCUUAAGACAGCAGCAUGUGGCAACCAGAAAACAUGUCUAGAGUCCUUAAUUGUGUUUACCUUUUAUAUAUGUGUAACAGCAGUGAUGUACCUCUGACAUUUUACUCUGUAUUUGUCACAAAUGUAGUUGUGAAGACGUGAAUGCUUCACUGCAUUAGCUCAACCGAGUGACAUGGAGACUAAUUAUUCUUGGAGUUGUUGGUCUUAGUUAUUUAGCUAAGAACAGAUAAACCUUGAUAUUAAUUUCUCCUUAUGGUACGACUUAUUCUGAAAGCUUUUAUCUGUAGAAACAUUUUAUUACACAGGCAACAGAAUGCCAAAGUUUGUCAUUUCCUUUUUCAUCAUAGCUUAUUAUCUUCAUUUGCAAGAAUAUAUUUGAAGUUUGCUUGUAGAAAUGUGUUCUGUAUGAUUUGGAACUUCUAAGUAUAUCUGAUAUUCAUGAUGACUUGGAUUUAAUAUGAUUUCUAGAUACAGGCAGGAGGUUGUUAACAGAAGGAAGCAGGGACCAUUCUGAUACAUUCUAAACUUUUUUUUUUUUUUAUAUAUAUAUAAUUUCCUUGUAUUUUUCUUCCUACAAGUGUUUGGUGGUUUUAGUUGUACAGUGUAUAUUUAUACUUGAUCAGUGUGGCCAGUUUUAAACCUUAUCCUUCUUUGUUCUGUCAGCGUUCCCCUGCCAUAAACUGGAUUUGCAAAGCCCUGGGCAUUUUUCAGUUGCUGCCAAAGAAGUUUUUCCUAGUUUUUAAAAUUUCAUUAUUAAAAUUUAUUCAACUUAAUAUUUUUCAGUUCGAGUUAAUGUAGUUAUUUAUUUCUGCAAAUUAGCAUUUAACAGAAAUAUGAAAGAUCUUUGCGUCCUUACAGUAACAUUACAGACUGUGCAAGAAAUUAGGGUAGACUUCUUAAAUGGCAAAAGCUCCAGUGCUUGUUGCUUCUUAUUGCUGAUUUUCUAUUGUGGCAUUCCUUUCUCUUGUAAAUUGUAACUCAAGAUGUGCCUGUUCAUUAGUAGAGCUGUGUAGACUUGUAUCUGCAGUUUGCAGAGUCAAGAUAUGGGAGGGAGAUGAUUUAUAUUACUAUAGCUAUAAAUAUCAAUAUUCACUCCUUAAUUGUUUGCAAUUUUCCAUCUGUGAAUGUAUGUACAAUACAGAUUAAAUUUCAUUUUAUCUUAGUGUAAGUAUAGAUCUUCCUGCAGUGGUAAGGUUUGCCAAAUUGAUGUUUUAAAUAUUGGCUCAGAACUAAGGAACAAAGUUGUAAGAAUACAAAGGACUAAUGGUAUCCAUACAAUAAUUCAAAACUUACCAGAGAAGUGAUCAAUUUAUGGAGAGGAUUCCAUUUAGUAUUACACUUUGCUGUGUGGGUGCCUACAAAUUAUUUUUGGGUUCUAUCUAUAUACCCUUAUGCCAAAGCUGAAAUUGAUGAAUAUUAAAAUUGUGGCUAGAAAAAAAAAAAUAUCAGAUCUUUCUUUUUCUCUAGGUGUGCUUAUUCAGUAAUGUAACUCUGUAUUUCAUCAGCUUUGAACAUAAAAUGUGCCGAGUGAUUGACAUGUUUGUGAACAUGAGGCUAAAUUGUAAGUGCCAAUAUUCUGUUUGAAAGUAACAUCAAUUCAUAUUAUUUGGAUAUGAAGGUACAUUGCAUUAAGAAAAUUCUGGACUUGGUAAUUAUUUAAAAACAGUUGGAAAUUGAAAAAAAAAAAAAAAAAAGCCUUUGAAUUGGUGAGAGGAAGCAUUUGAGCUAAAUAUUAGGGAAUGCACCUUAGCAUCUCACUGCAAGAAUAUGCUUUAAGCCUAUAGAAUUCUCAGUUUAUUUCACUGACAGGAAUAUAUACAUUUUCUGGAUUUAAUACCUCUGAGGAUAUAAAGUGACUCAUGAAAGGACUGGUCUUAAUUUUUGAUUUUAUGUUGUUUACAAGUUCCAAUGGCAUUAAUAUUCAGCAGCAUGAAGCUCAUUGAUUUUCUUCAGGGCCCCAACUGAUCUGGUUUACUUUGAACUUGUACUCUAAUAAUAAGAGACCUCAGGAAACCUUGAAAUUUACAUGCACACACACACACAGCUUCCCAGAUAAAUCUUUUAUGAUUUUUUUUUUUUUUUUUUUUUUACAAAGGUGCAAAGACCUGUGUCCAUUAUAUGUAAGUAUUAUGUCCACAUGUUUUGCUUUCAUUAUGAAAUAUUUGGUAUUGCUAUCCAACAUAUUUAAUAAUAUUUGAGCGUUAAAAAAUUGAGUCAGCAGGAAAUUUGCCAGGAACUGCAGAGCAAAUUAUAGUAGUUUACCUACAACUGUUAUGUCUACUUUCAAUAGGACAUCAAGAACCCUGGUCUUUCACUGAAAAAAAAAGAGAAGAAAAAGGAAAGCAUGGGAAACAACCCAGUCAUUUAUUCUUGUACAGAAUUUUAUACAAUAAAUAACUUCUUCAA